CAAAAGAAAAAAUGGAUGUAAGUCUUCUCUUAUUUUCUUUUCUCUUCUAAUUCAAAAAAUUAAUGAUGAUUAAGGGUAAUAAUAUAUUGAAUUUGAUGUUAACAAACAAGAAUAUAGGUGGCCUGGAAUUAUCAUGUGCCGGCAUUUGGAGGGUGGGAUUAUGAAGAAAAUGAUCUGCCUUAUACGCAGUGUAUACUAUUUUGUGAUGAGAUGUGAUUGGUACGUUUUGUUGAUAGCCUGCAGCCAUGCGGCACUGUUAGAGGAAGGUUACUGCUUAUUUGAUAUGAUGAGUAAAUAUUCAAUUAACCCCUCGCCUGACCAUUAUGCAUGCAUGAUUGAUCUUCUAGGUCGAUCUGGCCACUUAGAAGCAGCCUAUGAUCUUCUUAAGUCAUUACCAAUUGAGGCCCAUGCUGAAUGUUGGGGAGCACUUCUUGAGGCAUGUAGAUUGCAUUGUGAUAUUGAGCUGGCCGAAGUAGUAGCCAAUCAACUAGUUGAACUUGACCCUCAUAAUGCAGGAAAUUUUGUUUUGUUUUCCAAUGUCUGCAGCAGCAGGUCGUUGGUUGGAUGUUUCUAAUGUAAGGAACCAAAUAGAUGCUCGGGGACUAACUAAAAUUCAUGGUCGUAGUAAUAUUAUCUUUGUAUUUUAUAAUAUCAUAUUUCAAUGCAAUUUUAUUUUAUUUUUUAUUUUUUAGGACGAAAAUUGUAAUAUUACAGCCUUUUUUAAUGAAAAAUUGUA